UCUGAUCCGUCCCACCAACCUCGGAAUCGUAAGAUGUUACACCUGAUUAUUUACAUCGAGUGAAUCUGAACUGUAAAUUUAAUUAAAUAACUAUUCACUAAGCACACAUACGUAUGUGUAUGUUUAAUUAUAUGUAAAUCUACUGUUCAAAUCUACCCAACAUAAAUAAUCAGAACCCACUCUAAAAUACAUAUAUAUCCUCGUCAAAAAACUAAACUUCUACAAGUAGCCUUAAAAGGGAAACCCCAUCCAUUAAUACAAAAACAAAUAGAAUUUUUCUUUUUUAAAAAAAAUGGAUCUCAUAGCUGCAAUAAUAAUAUUCUCUCUCAUGCUUGCCAAUACCAUCACUGCUCAACAGCCACUCCCACCAUUCUCAUGUGAGUCCUCCACCAAUCCAUCAACAAAGUCGUAUCCAUUCUGCAACGUCGGUUUGCCGAUCGGAAAACGGGCCCACGAUCUAAUCGCGCGCCUCACCCUAGACGAGAAAAUCUCGCAGCUGGUGAACAAGGCGUCGGCCAUUCCAAGGCUAGGAAUACCCUACUACCAGUGGUGGUCGGAGGCUCUGCAUGGAGUUGCGGUCGCGUUUGGUGUCGAAAACGGGGUCUCGUUUAAAGGGAAUAUCCGAGCGGCGACUAGCUUUCCGCAAGUUAUACUCACUGCAGCUACAUUUGAUGCGAAUCUUUGGUACCGAGUAGCCAAGGUAAUCGGAACGGAGGCUCGAGCAAUAUACAAUGAAGGAGAGGCAAUAGGCAUGACAUUUUGGUCACCAAAUAUCAACAUUUUCCGAGAUCCGAGGUGGGGAAGGGGACAAGAGACACCUGGCGAAGACCCUUUUCUUACAAGUAAAUAUGCCGUCUCGUUUGUUCGUGGAAUCCAAGGCGACAGUUUCGAAGGGGGUGACCUCAAAGACGGACGUCUUCAAGUCUCUGCAUGCUGCAAACAUCUCACCGCUUACGAUUUGGAUCACUGGAAAGAAGUCGAUCGCUUUACGUUUGAUGCUCAUGUUACAAAGCAGGAUAUGGCAGAUACAUAUCAGCCGCCUUUCAAAAGUUGUGUAGAACAAGGGCGAGCGAGCGGGAUUAUGUGUGCUUAUAAUCUUGUAAACGGUGUUCCUAAUUGUGCCGAUUACGAUCUAUUAACGAAAACCGCUCGUGGCGAAUGGGGAUUCCAAGGAUAUAUCACUUCGGAUUGUGACGCAGUCUCGCUUCUAUAUGAGAAGCAAAAAUAUUCGAAAUCGCAUGAAGACGCCGUGGCAGAUGUGCUUAAAGCCGGUAUGGAUGUUAAUUGCGGCGACUAUCUGGCGAAUCACACAAAAUCAGCAGUCGAAAAGGGAAAAGUGUCGGAAUCUGAUAUAGACAGAGCCCUUUACAACCUCUUCUCUGUCAGAAUGAGAUUAGGACUUUUCAACGGCAAUCCUAGUCAACUUCUGUACGGCGAUCUUAGCCGUAAUGACAUAUGUACCCCUGAGCAUCAAGACUUGGCACUCGAAGUUGCACGUGAUGGCAUUGUCCUUUUAAAGAACUCUGCAAACCUACUUCCACUAUCUAAGUCCCAAACGAAAUCUCUUGCGGUAAUAGGGCCUAAUGCCAACGUCUCGAAAACACUCGUAGGAAACUACGCGGGGCCACCUUGCAAAACCAUUACUCCGCUACAAGGACUAACGGAUUAUAUCGAAAAAAUAAAAUUCCAUGAGGGUUGUGAAAACAUCAAUUGCACGAUAAAUGCCAAAAGCAAAGCUGUGAAACUUGCGAAAUCGGCAGAUCAUGUCGUUUUAGUAAUGGGACUCAAUCAAGAGGAAGAGAGUGAAGAUCGUGACAGAGAAGAAUUGGUACUCCCGGGCGAGCAACAAAGUUUUAUCAUGAGCGUUUCGGAGGCCGCUAAAAAGCCCGUUGUGUUAGUAUUGCUCUGUGGAGGUCCCGUUGAUAUUUCAUUCGCGAAAAAUAACCCCAAGAUCGGAAGUAUUCUUUGGGCCGGAUAUCCCGGUGAAGCAGGGGGGAAAGCAAUUGCAGAGAUCAUAUUUGGUGACCACAAUCCAGGAGGAAGGCUUCCAUUAACUUGGUAUCCGAAAGAUUUCAUCAAAAUACCAAUGACUGAUAUGAGAAUGAGGCCCGAUCCUUCGUCAGGAUAUCCGGGACGAACUUACAGAUUUUACCAAGGCGAGAAAGUUUAUGAAUUUGGCUAUGGUCUUAGCUACUCGAACUAUUCUUACAAGUUUGUUUCCGUCGGUCAAAGUAAGCUCGACUUCAAGAACUAUAUUUUAGUUUCGGACAUUAGCUCGAAGUCAUGUGAAAAUGCAAAGUUUUCAGCUAUUGUUAGUGUUGAGAAUGAAGGGAGUAUGGCCGGUAAGCACUCGGUUCUGAUAUUCGUAAGGCACGAUGAAGCUGGUAAUAGGAGUCGUCCCAUGAAACAGUUGGUCGGGUUUCAGAUAGUGAGAUUGAAUGCAAAGGAGAAGACUAAUGUCGAAUUUGAAAUAAAUCCAUGUCAGCAUUUCACAAGAGCCAGUGAAGAUGGAACAAUGAUUAUUGAAUCUGGAGUUCAAUAUUUGGUUGUAGGAGAUCAAGAGUAUCCUUUCAGCACUAACAUUUAACCAAAAAAUGUCACUUUUUGUUUUUUUUAUGCUUUAAUGAAUAAUGAUUGGAAAAAAAAAAAAAAAAAAAACAUCUUUGCACAUUUCAAAGCUAUUAUUAUUGCACUUAUUUUAUUUAUAAAUUUGCCAAUCCUGUGGAUUUU